AUGAGGGGGGAAAGUUUGCUGUCUGUGGAAAGGCUGAGGUGCUGGAGACCCUGUAGGAGAAGCCGCUUGAGGUCUCUUAGAUCUCGCCUGCUGGCUGCCAGCUUGACUUGCACUGCCCUAGUGGUGUAUAUGUGCUCCCAGGAUCUCAUAGCUGGCCCCAUUAACUUCCCUUUGCUUUGGGGGACCACCACCCCACCGAAGCAGGUCACUGUUUUAAUAUGGUAUGAGCCUUUUGGCAAACGGCGAAGACUUGGCGAUUGCCACAUCCUCUUCAAUGUCACGGGAUGCCACAUCACAACCAACAGAAGUCUAUACCAGGAGGCAGAUGCCAUAGUGUUCCACCACCGCGACAUUGCCGACUUCAGUGACCUUCCUUUCAGAAGGCGCCAGAGCUCCCAAAAGUGGAUCUGGAUGAACUUUGAAUCUCCGUCUCAUUCGCCCUGGCUGGCGAGUCUAGGGGGCAUAUUCAACUGGACCAUGUCCUACAGGGUGGACUCGGAUAUCUUCAUGCCCUAUGGUUUCUUAUUCUCGAAAAAACAUGCCAAAAUUGUGCUGCCACGCAAGAGAAAGCUGGUGGCCUGGGUGAUCAGCAACUGGAACGAGGACCACGAAAGAGUCCAGUAUUACAACGAGCUGAGGAACUACAUCCAAAUCGAUAUCUACGGGCGAUACGGGCUGGAUUUAAAGGAGGACAACAUCAUCAAGACCGUCUCUGAGUAUAAAUUCUACCUGGCUUUUGAGAAUUCCCUGCACACGGAUUACAUCACGGAAAAGCUGUGGAGGAACGCGUUCAAAUCCAACGCCAUCCCCAUCGUCAUGGGACCGAGCCGCCAUAACUACGAGAUGUUCAUACCGCGCAACUCUUUCAUUCAUGUUGAUGAUUUCUCCAGCCCCAGGAAGCUGGCCAUGUACCUUAAGCACUUGGAUAAAAACACUCACCUGUACCGCAGGUAUUUCACGUGGAAGAAGCGCUACGACGUGCACGUGACUUCUUUCUGGGACGAGCAUUACUGCACCGCUUGCCAGAGCGUAAAGGCGGCGGGGAACCAGCGUCGGACAGCGUCAGAUCUGGCAGGCUGGUUUGAAAGCUGA